CAUGACUGUGACAUCAUCACAGGUCCUUCACCUCUUAGUAUAUAUGAGCUCCAGAAAAGAUCCAGGUCAGGAUUACACAAUAGUGGACUUCUGUUACUCCCAUCAUCCAUCUCCAUGAGUCAGGUGGGUGGAGCCGGACUCCUCACCCUCUGGUACAUGAACAGAAGAUCCUAGGACUCACCAGCAAGAUCACUGAGCUGCUGACUGGAGAGGUUCCUGUAAGGUGUCAGGAUGUCCAUGAAGGAGUGGGAGUAUAUAGAAGGACACAAGGAUCGAUACGAGGACGCCAUGAUGGAGGACCACCGACCCCUCACAUCACCGGAUGGAUCCAGGAGGAGAAAUCCUUCAGAGAGAUGUCCCCGUCCUCUGUAUUCUCAGGACUGUCCAGAGGAGAAGUUCUCAGAGAACCAUCAGGAUGAAAAUCUGAUUGAUAUUAAGGUUGAGGUUAAAGAUGAAGCAGAAGAGGAGACGGAUUUAUGGACCGAUCAGCAGUAUGGACUCAUAGAAAGAAAUCCCUUUGAGAGAUGUCCCGGUCCCAUGUAUUUGCAGGACUGUCCAGAGGAGAAGCUCCCAGAGAACCAUCAGAUGACAAAUCAGGGGGAAGAUCUGAUUGAUAUUAAAGUGGAGGAUGAAGAAGAGCGGAUGAUGGGCGAUCCCCCGUGUAAGAGUGAGGCGGAGGAGGACCUUCCAGCCCAUGUGACCACAGGAAAUCCCAGUAAGAACAUCAUAUUAUCUCUCCAUUAUAAAGUAGAUGAUGAAGGUAUCGUACAGCGCUCUUCAGGAGAAAUCCUCACUACCCGUAAUGUACACCCAGGACCUCACAGUACAGAUCUAUCACAUAAUCAUGAGGAACCUGCUGACCAAUCACAGAUUGCUACCACAAGUACCAGGCAGAAUGGGGGUGAAAGGUUUCAGUGUGAUGAAUGUGGGAAACAGUAUUCAUGCAGAUCAGUCCUUGUCAAACACAGAAGACUUCACACUGGAGAGAAUCUGCAUUCAUGUUCAGAAAGUGGGAAAUGCUUUACAAGGAGAUCCAAUUUUGUUGCACAUAAGAGAAUCCACACAGUAGAGAAGAAAUAUUCAUGUCCUGAAUGUGGGAAAUGUUUUCCAAGAAAAUCAUUUCUUGUUAUACAUGAGAGAAAUCACACAGGAGAGAGGCCAUUUUCAUGUUCGGAAUGUGGAAAAUGUUUUAUAUGUAAAUCAAAUCUUGAUAAACAUCAAAGAAUUCACACAGGAGAGCAGCUGUAUUCAUGUUCAGAAUGUGGAAAAUGUUUUACAAGGCGAUCAGAUUUUGUUAAACAUGAACGAAUCCACACAGGAAAGAAGCUAUAUUCUUGCCCAGAAUGUGGGAAAGGCUUUAUCUUUAAAUCACAACUUAUAAUGCAUGAGAGAAUUCACACAGGAGAGAAGCCAUUUAUAUGUUCAGAAUGUGGGAAAUGUUUUACAAAUAAAUCAGAUCUUGUUAGACAUAAGCGAUGUCACACCGGAGAAGAGCCAUAUUCUAGUUCAGAAUCUGGGAAAUGUUUUACAGAAAAGUCAAAUCUUAAACUGCCUGAGAAAAACCACACAGGAGAGAAGCCAUAUUCAUGCCCAGAAUGUGGGAAAAGUUUUAGAGAUAAAUCGGGUCUUAAAAUACAUGAGAGAAGCCAUACAGGAGAGAAGCCGUAUUCAUGCCUGGAAUGUGGGAAAUGUUAUGUGCUUAAAGCACAGCUUAUAAUACAUAAGAGAAUCCACACAGGAGAGGAGCCAUAUUCAUGUUCAGAAUGUGGGAAAUGUUUUAGAGAUAAAUCAAAUCUUAAAAUGCACAAGAGAAGCCACACAGGAGAGAAGCCAUAUUCAUGUCCAGAGUGUGAGAAAUGUUUUAUGUAUAAAUCAAAUCUUGUUAUACAUAAGAGAAGUCACACAGGGGAGAAGCCAUAUUCAUGUUUAGAAUGUGGGAAAAGUUUUAGAAACAAAUCAAAUCUUAUUAAACAUAACAGAAGUCACACAGGAGAGAAGCCGUAUUCAUGUCCAGAAUGUGGGAAAUGUUUUAGAGAUAAAUCCAAUCUUAUUAAACAUGAGAGAAGUCACACAGGAGAGAAGCCAUAUUCAUGUCCAGAAUGUGAAAAAUGUUUUAGAAAUAAAUCAAAUCUUGCUAGACAUGAGAGAAUUCACACAGGAGAGAAGUUAUAUCCAUGUUUAAAAUGUGGGAAAUGUUUUACGCAUAAAUCAAGUCUUAAAAUACAUCAGAGUUGUCACAUAGGAGAGAAGCCGUAUUCAUGUUCAGAAUGCGGGAAAUGCUUUCGAGAUAAAUCACAUCUUAUAAUACACGAGAGAAUCCACACGGGAGAGAAGCCAUAUUCAUGUUCAGAAUGUAGGAAAUGUUUUACACAAAAAUCACAUCUUGUUAAACAUGAGAAGUCACACUUAAGAGAAGUCAUAUUAAAAUAAGAAUCAUAAUUGCAAAGCUUGUAGUAUAAUGACAAGUUAAUCAGGUAUCAGCCAUGGAUUACUUAUCCAGCAUACUGUGCCUUAUUUAGACUGAGUGUAUAUAUGUAUACCUGUUACAUGCAGUCUUAGUCAUUUGCCAUUACAUUUAUGUAUAUUUAGCUUAUCUAUUAUUUUGUUUUUCUGUAUAUUUGUUAGUGGCCAACCCCUGAGUGUCUUCCAGUAAUCAGAACCGUGUGAUCUUCUCUCUUGUUAUAAAUAAAGGGACUGAGAGGA